AUGGCGAUCUGUACUUAUAACGCACGUACGCUUGCAUCGGAAGCGGCCAUCGAAGAUCUGAUGAUGCAAGCCAAGAAGACCAAGUACGACGUCAUCGGACUGACCGAGACGAGACGACGUCACCCUCUCAACGCCGUAUAUGAAACUGGAGAAGAACUGUUCUUAGAAACAUGCGACAGUAGAGGUGUUGGUGGAGUUGGCGUCCCCGUCAACACGAGUAUGGCAAAGAACAUCGACUCUUUUGAACAACUUACGACCCGAAUCGGACGUCUGCGGAUGAGAAGAUGUGGUCCAACACCAGCCUUGACUAUCUUCGUCGCUUACCCUCCAACAUCAAGCUACGAAUAA